CGCUGUACCAUUGCCAUCAUUAAUGAACCGGCCACAAUUCUCAUCGAAACUGCAAGUGCAUUAUUUUACACAAAAUUAAUAAUGAAUGCUGACAGCAGUAGCCGUACUCUGAGAGGCUCCGAAAGACGCCAGCCCAAAAAGAUUCCAUAUUUCGCUGAUGAAGCGCGUGAGCGAGACCGAGUGCAGAACCUGCGCAAAAGAACAAGACGCACAACGCCACCAAGAGCUCCGAGGUAUGGACGCAGUCAACGCAGCCGAUCGAGAUCCCGUUCUGCUGAUAGAAGCAGAGACCGACUACGACGACAACGGUCCCGAAGUUAUGACCGCAGGCGUAGUCGAAGUGGCAGCUACAAAAAGGUCACUUCGUCAUCUUCAUUCUCGCGUCGCCGGCGAAGUCGCAGCCGCAGUCGAUCGCGAACCCCUCGCAUAAUAACUGUUCCUGUGCCAGUUCCUGCCGCCGACUAUAACUACGCUUAUGGCUGGUCGCAUCCGCAUCCACCAAGACAACACUACGAUCCAAUGUAUCCCCCGAUGUUGCCAUUUGGAAUGAAUCCCCGUCCACCACGGCCUUACUUUGCCCCAUAUCCGCAGUUUCCACCUUUUCGAUACAGAUCUGGAGCGUUUGGGGCUCGACCACGAUUUAACUAUGUGAGGGAUAUGCGACACCAACCAAAUUGAUAUUAAACAUUACCAAAUUAUUCAAAAUGUCUUUGGAGUUAUUGUUUGUUGUGUCGUUGAAGAUUGAUGUUAGAAAAUCGGGUUAUUUUCUAUUUCAGACAAAAAGUUUAAAAUUAAUUUAUAUCAACUUUUACAAAAACAGAUUAACUCAAACAACUAAUUUGCUAAACUUCGAAGUAAUUAAUUAAGAUUUAGAUUUAAAUUUAUUCUUUUUUGUUACUAUAACAUUUUUUGAUGAGACUCUUUACAAGCUGAGUUUAAUAUGACUAAUUCUCUCUCUAAAUCUUCCGGUGAAAUUCUCUGUGACUUUUAAUUUUUUUUCAAUAUGUAAAAAGAGUAAAGCGAUUGAAAUUUCAAAUCGUGCUAGACUAAGUACUCUUUAAAGAAGGU